GAUGUCUGAGUUAGGUUUGUAACCAUCGGGAAAGGUUAUGCAGGUUCCACCCACUUUAGAAAUUGUCAUUACAUGAUUCUUAUCGAGAUUCGUCACCGGCUUGAACAAAUUGAGAAUCUGUUCGACUUUUUUUACGUCGCUUUACGUGCUGAUUAGCGAUUUUAAGUUGCAAGCAAUCGCAAUAAGGUUCGAUCACAAAGUCGUGAUUUUUUGGGUUAGGUGUCCUGUAAGUGAUACUUCCAGAUUUCUUGUUAAUAUAUUGUUGAAACAAGAAAAUCGUCAACAUGUGCGCAAAAAUGGCAUUUCAACACCAGGCGGGCACUGCUAUGCAGUGCCUCAGCAUUCCUAUUACGCUUCAUAAAGAAGCAGAAAUAAGUGCAAACGGGGAGGAGGUUAUGAAAUGCGGCUUCAAAAUAGGCGGUGGAAUUGAUCAAGAUUUUAGAAAGAGUCCACAAGGUUACACGGACAAUGGGAUAUACGUUACGGAUGUGCACGAAGGUUCCCCCGCUGCAAAAAGUGGGUUAAGGAUACACGAUAAAAUUUUACAGUGCAAUGGGUACGACUUUACAAUGGUCACGCACAAAAAAGCUGUGGGGUAUAUUAAGAAGCAUCCGGUUCUAAAUUUAUUAGUCGCUCGCAAAGGAGUGACUAGUACUUAAGCUGUAGAAAAGAAGGGAUGCAUUUUAUUUAUUUUCAAAGUUUCAUUGCUUAAAGCCUGGAAGUGUCUUUGAAUUUUUAUAUACUAAUACGUUGAAAGAAUUAAUACUUGUUUUUAAGGAAUUCUUUGCUAAAUUUAUGCAUUUGAAGUUAUAUAUUGAAAACUUAUACAUAUUUCUUUAUCGUAUCAAUUUGUUGGACCAAUUUCGAUAUGGAGAUGUUUUUAAGCUUUGUUUAGGUAAAUCCACCGAUGACUAAAUGAAUCAGGUCAUAAGCAAUUGUGGACUGAAAAUAUUUAAAAGUAGCAUUUUUAUUGUAAAAAUGUCAGCAUUUAUUAGGGAAGAUGAUGAAUGGUAAAUCAUGUUUAAUCACGAGUAAACAAACUCAAUGUUUACUACUUGAAUCGCCAUUAUGUAUAAUGUUAUAAACUACAUAUGGCCUUUUGAUGUGCAACCUACAACAGCAGUGACAAGAUCGCAGUUAUUUUGCAACGUACAAGCACUGGUAUUAACUUAAUAGAAUCUAGAAGUAGAACCACAUAAUAUCGUGAAGUCAGUUACCAUGAAAGCCAAAUGCAAUGUACUUUUAUCGACCUCAUUUGGAAUCCAGCUGCUUGUAUGUGAAGUAACGUUAUAAUUUAUUGAAAGUAUUAAUCCGUUUUUGAUAUUUCUUGAAAUAUUCAAUUUUAUGUACGUAGAGAAUAGUAAACUAGAUCAACUAUUUAUAGGAGAAUAACGUUAGCAUUUAAUGUGGUCGUAAAUAGGUGUAAACCAACAUUUGGAUGUCCGGACACUUUUACCUACAUUCGGUCAGUCGUGGAAUACCAUAAUUACUUGAUAAAAAGUAAUCAAUGAUUUCACUUGUUCAUGACCUUUAUACAAUCAUCGACAUCACAAAGCCCAAACCAUCGAGGAACAUUUUAUAUUUACUUUGUUCGUUAAUACUAUGAAAAGCAUUAAGAAGCCUGUUCUUUUGUAAUCACAUUAGACUCUAGAUUUUCUCAAGUUUCAACCAUACGAGGGUUAUGGUUUUCUAGCAAGGGAAACAGAGAAACCCAAAGAGUCAAUUACUAAUCUGGUACACGGUGUAAAAUCAAUUAUACACAGAGACCUGGAUGAACUUCUCUGAUGUUUCACUUACAAGAUUGUACAGACAAUAAGCUAUAUAUCAGGUGAAACAAUCGGUGUCACUGCCACACUUGAAUCGCUGAAUUAUCUAAUGCCUGAUGCUUAUGAUAUUACAUUUGGAUAAUAAAUUCGUGAUACUUUA